UGGGUUUGAUCCCGAAUGGCGGCGCGGCCUGACACUAGUGCACUAGAGUCGGUGUUGAGGACUCGCCCGAGGUAGUGCGCUUGUGUAGUGAAUGUGUGUGUAUUCGGGACGCCGUGCUGGACUUCAGUAAGCAGGACAGGUAGAAUUGGAGGUGUCCGUGUUGCGGCUCGGUGUGAGACAGAACUGAUCUCUGGGUUUCUUCUCACAUCUACACACUUCACAUCCUGCCUGAAGGAGCCUGAGUGCUGCAGAGUGUGUGCGAGAGUGUGUGUAGGAGCUGGUUGGUGUGUGUUACUGAGUUUGUGUGUGUGUUGCUAGCAGGCUAUAAGCGUUAGCAUCGCUGUUGGAGGAACGACCUUAAUGACGCCGAGUUUUUCUGCCCGCGCGCUCACAACGCCUUUAUAACGGAUCGUGCGCGCGCCCCUGCGUGUGAGUGUGAGUGUGUGAGUGUGUGUGAGUGUGUGAGUGUGAGUGUGUGAGUGUGUGUGUGUGUGUGUGUGUGUGUGUGUGUGUGUGUGGAGGCAGUUCUACAGCCGGGUCAGGGGCUGGAACUCUCGCAAGCCUUCCUGCAGCUCGCGCCUGAAGGGGCUGCUGGUUCCAGUCUUCUCCAUGUACAUGAGGUGGAGUUAGAGCUCAGAGCUGUGAGGAGGUCAUCAUCAUCAUCAUCAUCAUCAUCAUCAUCAUCAUCAUCAUUAUUUAUCAUCAUCACCACUAUGUUGACCUGCUUCUAACUAAGCACAAUUCAUUUCUUCUGAAUAAUAAAUAGUGCAAUCCAGGUGACAUCUUCUCGCACCUUCUCGCACCUUCUCACACCUUCUCACACCUUCUCGCACUUUCUAGUCUGUAUUUAUAUUUACUUUAUCUGAAUACCCGUGUGUGUCAUAAAUCUGCUUUUUAACGUUAUAAAUCCCAGUAAUUGUUGGACCUGACAUCAGAAACGUGUCUGAACACUACUGAGUUGAUCUGGAGCUCGUUUUAGAUGUAGGUUCUGGUUUUGUGGUUUGGUUGAGGUCUUUUUGUGGAUGUGUUGAAGAUCAGAGACCCAGUGAGAGAUAUUUGAUGUCAGAUCAGGGAGGUUUUUCAGCACUUUAUAUAAAAAUACAGAAGUAAACACGUGUGUUUUCUCAUGUCCCAGAUAAAGCUGGAGAAGAACGUUGUGAGUGUGUGUGUGAUGAGACUGAAUGAAGAGCAAGUGAAGUUCUCUGCAGGGUUUGCACCGUGUUGUUAGUGUGUGUGUGUGUGUGUGUGUGUGUGUGUGUGUGUGUGUGUGUGUGUGUGUGCUGCUAUGUUGCACUCCUCCAUCUGCCCUUGAAGUUUUUGUCCGGUCCAGAAUCUUGAGUGCGGUGGAUCAGUGGAUCAGUGGAUCAGUGGACAGGACAGAGGUGUCCCGGCGGUGGUGUGGUCCAGUCCAGUCUGAGUUGCUUCAUGAGAUGAGAAGAUGAACGGAGAGGAACAAGCUGUCGAUUUAUGCAAUGUCAGAAUGAAAGCGUCUGAUGAGGACCGCACCACGGCGCUCAUCUCUGAGGAACUCGUCCUCCGGAACAGCACCAGGAUCAUCGACGAGGACGCGGGAACGCCGGACUCUGGUCACCAGGAAAAGAGGAAUAAAGACGAAGUGCCGACUCGGAGGAACAAUGGAACCAUCCUGUCCAUGGCGUUGAACGUUCCUGAGGAGUGCAGUGUGCAGGAUCCGGAAUCGUGUUUUUCCGUCGGAAGUGCGAAUGGCGAUGAGGACAUGGACAUCGGUGUGGAUUUGAGUUUGGAUGAAAGCGGAGUUUUGGAGUCGGACCCGGACCUGAACCCGGAGAGCAGCGUUGUGGGUUCUACAGAUACUGUAGUGUCUGAAACAGAAAAGGAUUUGGACAAACGUUCAGAACAACAUCCACUGAGUUCUUCUGACAAUGAGGCUCCGCCCACAUCUCUGUCAUCGCCCAUGACUCUGCAGGAGGAACCAGGACCCAAACCUGGAGCCAAGAGGGUCACGUUUCCCUCAGACGAGAACAUCGUGUCUGGAUCAGUGGAACCCAAAGACCCAUGGAGACAUGCUCAGAAUGUGACCGUGGAGGAGAUCCUAAACGCUUACAGACAGGCCUGUCAGAAACUCAACUGUAAACCUGUACCUAAAGUCCUCAAGCAGAUCCAGGAUUUAACAGACCUGACUCAGCGAAACGAAUGCCUCGAUCUGAAAGGUGAGAAGUUGGACUACCGGGCGUGUGAGUCUCUGGAGGAGAUUUUUAAGCGAGUGCAGUUUAAAGUGGUGGAUCUGGAACAGACGAACCUGGAUGAAGAUGGAGCGUCUGCAUUAUUCGAUAUGAUCGAGUAUUAUGAGUCUGCCACUCACCUCAACAUCUCCUUCAACAAGCACAUCGGGACUCGAGGCUGGCAGGCCGCCGCCCACAUGAUGAGGAAGACGAGUUCUCUGCAGUACCUGGAUGCGAGGAACACUCCAUUGCUGGAUCAUUCUGCUCCGUUUGUGGCUCGUGCUCUGAGGAUCAGCGGCAGUCUAACGGUUCUGCACCUGGAGAACGCCGGACUGUCAGGACGUCCGCUAAUGCUGCUGGCUACAGCUCUGAAGAUGAACAUGAACCUGCGUGAGCUUUACUUGGCUGAUAAUAAGAUAAACGGGCUGCAGGACUCGGCGCAGCUGGGAAACCUGCUCAAGUUUAACUACAACAUCCACAUCCUCGACCUGAGGAACAACCACAUCCUCGACUCAGGGUUGGCAUAUAUAUGUGAGGGUCUGAAGGAACAGAGGAAGGGCCUGGUCACUCUGGUGCUCUGGAACAACCAGCUCACACACAACGGCAUGGGCUACCUUGCUUCUGCACUGCCGUGUACUCAGAGUCUGGAGACUCUGAAUCUUGGACACAAUGCGGUUGGUAAUGAGGGAGUGCUGAAGCUGAAGGAUGGACUGAUUGCUAAUCGCUCGCUGCUGCGUCUCGGCCUCGCCUCCACCAAACUCUCAUGUGAAGGGGCUGUGGCCUUGGCUGAGUUUUUCGCUGAGUCUCCUCGGCUGCUGCGUCUGGACCUGCGAGAGAACGACAUAAAGACAGGGGGGCUGAUGGCCCUGUCACUCGCUCUGAAGGUGAACACCUCACUGCUCCGCCUCGACCUGGACAGAGAACCUAAGAAAGAGACAGUGAAGAGUUUUAUUGAGACACAGCGCACCCUUCUGGCUGAAAUCCAGAACGGUUGUAAGCGUAACUUUGUCCUUGCUAAAGAGAAGGAGGAAAUUCAGCAGCAGAUGAGGCAGUCUGUGUCCAUGGCUGAAAUCGCCACUGAGGUCCCACCUCCUGAGGAAGAGGAGGAUGCUGGAGAUGAAGUCUCUGAGGAACAGAAGGCAGAACUAGAGGAGGUGGAGCAGGAGGAAGAGGAGGAGAAAAGCGAGAAGCAGAGUGAAGUCCAGGAGGAUGAAGAACAUUCAGCAGCCGUGCAGGACGACUCGGAUUCCGACACAGACAAUGAGGAGGACAACGAUGACAUCAAGGAGACCAAAUCAUCUGCACAGACAUCAACCCUCAACCAAACUAUUACCCCCAUAAACACCACCCUUACUGCCUGCCAGACUCCGCCCAUUAAUAUUCCUAGCUCCACCCCUGAGUCGGGGAUCAGAGUGACGGAAGCGAAUGUGCCGAGUGGAACGCCGUCUUCUCCCGGACGCUGCUUCUCAGUGUCCAGCCCUGGAAGAGGGCACAAGAUCUUCAUGGUGACACGCGUGGAAAGUCCUCCUGAACAAAAGCAGCAGAAGAGCGACCUGAUAAAGUGUGUCCAGGAGAAUAAUGCACAUUCUGAGUCCUCGUCAAAACAACUGUCAGUCUCUCAGGACCAGCACAGUGCAGAAAGAACCACUUCAGUUCAGCAGACAUCUGAGGAACCUUCACAAGUAUCUUUAGAGUCUAAAUCAGAGGCAACGCUGAGCACCACAGUAGAGCUACCUUCUACACACAGCCAAACACAGCAGGAAACCAAUCUCAGCCCAGAACCAGACAAGGAAGCAACCAUAGUGCACACUGAGCAUGCUCAGAUCCACCACACCACCCCUGCAGAGUCUAAGGAACUGUUCGAGGAGGAUCAGCUGAAACCUGCUGAAGAAGUGCAGCAGUUACUGAAAAGCAGUAAUUCAACUGAGGAACUGCAGGAGGAACCUGGAGAAGAUGUGGACACAGAAAUGGCAAACGAUGACCUGGAUAAAGACGCUUCACUAAAACAGGACUCGGAAACAGCACACAACAUUUCCUUAGCAGAAAAGGUUGAGUGUUUCGACACAGCGCCACCUCCAGGCUGCACCCUGCCCAACGGCCUGAAGCCAGAGUUCAUGCUGCACCUGCUGGAGCCUGAAGCACAUAAAGCGGCGUGCUACGUCAUGGAGCACAUGAGUGUGACGGCAGAGCUGAGCUGCGGUCAGGAUCUGGAGGAGCUUCUGCUGGACGCCAGUUUGGACGCGAGCAGAGACGUGGUGUAAAGCUGCAGUGACGGGUCAAACCAUGUGCAGUGAUGAUUGAAUCUUCUGGAUCACUCGCUCCUGGCAAAUCAUCAUCAGAUCAUCACCUUUUAGUUUCUCUGAAACGACUCUAAUAAGCAGAAGUUUUCACCCUGUUGUCUUUCCCUACAUUCCUCCUGAUACACACCCGGGUCCUGGCACAAACCAAAGACACGCACACGCGCACACACACACACACACACUCACACUCGCACACACACUCACUGGCAGUAAUGUUCACCAUGUGGACAAUCACCAUCACUGCAGCAGGAAGGCAGAGACACACACUGUAAGGACUGAUAACAAGCAGAUUCAAAUGCUGUGUGUGUGUGUGUGUGUGUGUGUGUGUGUGUGUGUGUGUGUGUGUGUUGCCCUCUUCGUGUGUGUGUGUGUGUGUGUGUGUGUUGCCCU